AUGAGCAUGCCAUCAUCUCCAAGGCCUCAAAUGUUACGACACCCCAGUCACAUUCACCCUCUUUUCGAGUUCCACCUACCCGUAGGGGGUGAAUUCAUCUGCGAUGGUUGCAGGACCUGUGGUUACGAGAAGAGCUACAGGUGCACCUAUUGCAAUUUUGAUCUUCAUGAAUAUUGCGCCUCUUGUCCCAAAAAGCUCCGAUCUGGCUUGCACGUGCAUGAGUUAACACUUGUCAGCCUUGUUGGCACCCGCAAAGUGUGUGACAUAUGUGAAGAGUGUGCUGACGGGCUUUUCUAUGCAUGUAACGUUUGUGACUUCAACGUGCAUCCAGUUUGCACACAAAUUCCGACGAAGUUGCAGCACGGCCACCUCCCUAACCAUUCCUUGACACUUCGGCAGCCAAGGAUGUCCAGUAGGUGCGUGGUUUGUUGGGAUGCUUGCACAUCAUGGCGUUACGGGUGUGAUAUUUGCCAAGUGGAUGUGCACUUGGACUGCGUUUAUGAGCCAUUUUAUGAUCUCCAGACCCCACCUCGAUCUUCCCCUCGCUCCACCCGAGCGAACAUGGGCCCACGACAGUUUAUGGGUGGUUUCCAUGGUUUUCCUAUGAUGGCUCCUAACCAAGGACAAAUGGGCCAUCGUGCCGCCCACAAUGGCAAUCAAGGUCGUAGGAGGAGGAACAUUAUCUCCGCUGUGGCCAGGUUAGGUGCUCAAGUGCUGUUUAGUUCUGUGGUUGGUGUGAUGCCAUUUUCUACAGGAGACUUUUGGGGAUCUUAG